GCUCCGCCGCUGCCCUCAGGCCCCGGCCCCGCCAUGUCGGAGCGGCUGGCCAAGCCCUCCUGCCUCAUCGUCGCCAGCGCCGCCACCGCGGGUGUUUCAGCCCAGUCAUUCCUUCACUGCUUUACUCUGGCCAGCUCUGCCUUUAACCUGCAAGUGGCAACACCUGGGGGGAAGCCCAUUGACUUUGUGGAUGUGAACGAGGCCAACACGCGCUGGAUCCAGGACUUCCGCAUGAAAUCCUACGCCAGCCCUGCCAAGCUGGAGUCCAUCGAUGGGGCUCGGUACCACGCCCUGCUGAUCCCAAACUGCCCCGGGGCUGUGACUGACCUGGCCAACAGCGGCUACCUGGCCAAGAUCCUGCAGCACUUCAGCACUGAGAGCAAGCCUAUCUGUGCUGUGGGGCAGGGAGUGGCAGCUUUGUGUUGUGCCACCAAUGAGGAUAAAUCCUGGGUUUUCCAGGGAUACAGCCUGACAGGGCCCUCUGUGUACGAGCUGGUGAGGCAGCCCAAUUUUGCCAGUUUGUCCAUUAUUGUGGAGGACUUUGUGAAGGAUUCUGGAGCUACAUUCAGUGCCAGCAGCCCAGAUGCUGUCCAUGUGGUGCUGGACAGGCACCUGGUGACAGGACAGAAUGAGAAUUCCACCCUUCCUGCUGUCCAGAACCUUCUGAUUCUUUGCAAUGUCAGCAGGAAAUGAAGGGAAGGUCUGUUUGCAAAGAGGAUGGAUGAAGAGCCAGCAGGCUGAGGAUUUCCAUGGCUGUGACCUGGAUGAAGACCCCUCUGAACCCCUGUCCUGGACUCUGAAGUGACUGUGGCAGUGCCAGGUUCUGUGUGGAUGGAAUGGAUGGAGGUUGCCAGAAGCAGCUGGGACACUCCCUUAUAUUUUUGCUGCUCCAUUCCCUCACUGCUUCUCUAGACCCUCAGUUUACAGAUGUGGGGAACCAUCUCCUCAAAACCCCCCAAAAGUUGGUGCUGUGAAUACAAAUUGCUGAAGCUGUGCUGGUGCACAGUGUGCCCUUGUUGUCGUCCUGUUCACAUGGCUGGAAUUGUGCUCAGAAAGUUUGCUCAGCUUUUUUUUUAACGUGGUCCUACAAUUGUUUAUUUGUUCUCCUUUGUGCUGCUUACGUUGUGGGUUUUGUUCUCUUGGGAAUGCUCUUCUCUGGGAGUACACUGCUGCUGUCUCUUGCUGGAAUUUUGUGGACUGGGGCACUGGAAAUGCAGGUGGUUAAUGUGGGUCCCAUCUGAGGACCCAGCUGUGGGGUGGAGUCUGGGCUCCUCCUUCCUUCUGAGCUGCAGGUGUGGCUUGAAGCUGAGCAUGGGAAGGAAUAACCAGACUGAGAUUUUUUUUUUUUUUUAAUUGUUGCAGGCUCAAACAUACAAAAUUAUUGGAAAGUAGAUAAAUUAACUUUCAGAUAAUUGAUUUUCCUUCCCUCUUGGAAUUGUGGGCAGCAUUUCUCCAGUGCUCUAAAGAA